AUGGAAUCGUCAAGAACUUUGAAUCUAUACAAGUUCGUUGACGCUGGUUCGAUUAGUUGUGGGAGUUUUAAAGAAGAACGAGCUCAAUUGUUGACUGCACGAUUACUUAGAACAGAUUACGAUCAACUCUUACUGAUUCCUUACAAUUUCGGGAAUCAUUGGACUUUGGUUGUAAUAAACCUUAAGAAGGGUGUUGCCUUUUGGAUAGACCAUUUGAAAAAUCGUAUUGACCCAGAUGUAACCGAAGUAGUUGAAAGCUCCUCCUGCUGCUGCUGCUGCUCCGCUGCUACUGCUGCUGCAGCUCCUCCUGCUCCUGCUCCUCCUCCUGCUCCUGCUCCUCCUCCUGCUCCUGCUCCUCCUCCUCCUCCUGCUCCUUCUCCUCCUCCUCCUGCUCCUACUCCUCCUCCUGCUCCUACUCCUCCUACUGCUGCUCCUACUACUACUGCUACUACUGCUGCUGCUCCUACUCCUCCUACUGCUGCUCCUACUACUACUGCUACUGCUGCUGCUCCUGCUGCUCCUCCUCCUCCUGCUGCUUUAUGGUAG